CAGAAAUUCUCAUUCUUGCUCUCUCGGGUCCUCGUUUCCAAGAUGACCAAGAAAAGAAGGAAUAAUGGUCGUGCCAAAAAAGGCCAAGGCCAUGUGCAGCCUAUUCGUUGCACCAACUGCGCCCGGUGCAUGCCCAAGGACAAGGCCAUUAAGAAGUUUGUCAUUCGAAACAUAGUGGAGGCCGCAGCCGUUCGGGACAUCUCCAAAGCGAGUGUCUUUGACGCCCAUGUGCUUCCCAAGCUGUAUGUGAAGCUGCAUUACUGUGUGAGCUGUGCCAUUCACAGCAAGGUAGUCAGGAAUCGUUCUCAUGAAGCCCGGAAGGACCAAACACCCCCACCCCGAUUUAGACCUGCCAGUGCUGCCCCACGACCUCCACCAAAGCCCAUGUAAGGAGCUGAGUC